AAAACACGUCCACGGUGUCACAGCGGAAGAGUUACAGUGUAACAUCAGUAUAUACAUACAUGUGAAUCUUUGGCAUGGUCAAUGGGUUGAUUGCAUGAAAUCUGGCCAUGAAACGGUUGUACAUCGGUGGUCUCGGGCACACAGUGUCUGAGAAGGACCUCAAAGUCAGAUUUGGAAAAUUUGGAGAUGUGUCAGAUGUGGAAAUCACUACGAGGAAAGAUGAGAAUGGAGCUCCUCUGAAAACAUUUGGCUACAUAAACAUAAACAUCACAGAUGCUGAAUACAAAAGAUGUGUAGGCAUCUUAAAUAAAUUCACAUGGAAAAGUGGAACCUUGCUUAUUCAGUUGACAAAAGAAGGCUUUCUACAUAGACUUGCUGAGGAACGACAGCAACUGGUUGAAAAGACCAAGACCCCAAAGACCAUCCCUCAGGAGAAAUUUGUGGACUCACUUAAAGUUGCCGGCGUUGAGAAUUUCCACAUGAAAGCUGCCAUUCCAGGAACAGAAUAUCCACUCUUCCAGAAUUGGGUCGUGAGUAAAUUUGGGAGGGUACUUCCUGUCCUGAACCUGAAGUAUAAAGGAAAGAACAAGGUCUUCAAGUAUGAUCCAUCCAAACACUGCCACAACAUCAAGAGACUGGAGGCUGCAGAUGACGUCACAUCAGUGUCCAAGCUGACAUGGGAGCUUGAAGGUGGAACCGAUGAAAUCAGUAAGAAAAGGAGAGGAGAGUUUCCCAAGCAGAAACCGUGUCCCAAAAGAUCCAAAAUAGACUUGAGUUUGUUUCUUAGUAAUUUGGCUCAAAGAAAUGCAAAUAAUGCGGCUGCCAUUGAAAACAAAACCAAUGUGGCGAUCCAACAAAACGGACUCUCCGCUACAAAGACGGGAAAACUAAAAUCUGUUUGUGUUUUGGACAACGACGCCGACUCUGAAGACGAAAUCAGAAUGUUGGUUGCUCAGGAACUUUUGAGGAACCCAAAACAAACCUCCACAGAGGAUGACGACGACAACCUAGAGGUGGUUGGAGAUGAUUUUAUUGUCAAGUCUAAUGUUUUCUGGGGUGGAGUGGAACAAGAGUCCCUACUAACUUCAUCAAAAGACGAGGAAUACGAUUCUACAGACACAGAUGAAAUACUCACCCAGAGAAAGACCCAGAAAACACAAGGUGAAUCUACACCAGCUAGUGAUGAUGAUGUUAGCGUAGAUUCUGAUUAUGAAGCAAUGAUGGGGAACUGCUACAGUUUAGAUCUUUCCCUAGCAGACUUGGAGCAGCUAGCUAAAAAAGCAGAGGUGAUUUCAGAUGAUGAAAGUGUCGAAGAAACCAAGAAGACCCCAAGUGCUCCAUCCAAAAGAACAGGCAAUAACCCAGAAGAUAUUCUCGCCUCGCUUCGUGGAGACGCCACCUCUGAGAAAGAAAAGAAGAAGAAGAAGAAUCAGGUAAACACUGUAUCUCUUCCUGCUUUCAUUGGAACAAAGGAUCUCUUUGGAGGUCCAGAGCCCAGCCUGAAAAGAGUUGCCCAAAGUAUAAACUGUGAAUCUCCUAAACAAGACCUGAAAUUGAAAGAAAAAAGAUCUUCAAACAGUCCAUCUCAACGGGUAAGGUCCACUUUAAAGGUAAAAUCAACCUAAAAAAAACUGGAGAAUAAAGCAUCCAGCUCAGAAGAUGAUUCUUCUAGUGAAGAAUCAGAAAGCAGUGGUAAUGAAGAUGUCUUCACUUCUAAAGCAUCUUCAGCGUCACAAUCGUUAAGAACCAUCACUGAAGCCAAACUAAGGACUGUUAGGUCUAAUAACUCAUACACCCCAAACAAACCCAAUCAGACGAAGACCUCUAGAUCCUCCAGCGAUGAUUCUUCUAGUGAAGAAUCAGAAAGCAGUGGUAAUGAAGAUGUCUUCACUUCUAAAGCAUCUUCAGCGUCACAAUCGUUAAGAACCAUCACUGAAGCCAAACUAAGGACUGUUAGGUCUAAUAACUCAUACACCCCAAACAAACCCAAUCAGACGAAGACCUCUAGAUCCUCCAGCGGUGACUCUUCUAGUGAAGAAUCAGAAAGCUGUGAGGAAGAAGAUAAUGAAGAUAGUGCUGGAGUUUUUAGUUCUAAAACAUCUUCAGCAACACAAUCGGCAAGAACCAUCUCAGAAACCGAAGUAAAAACUGUUAGCUCUAAUAACUCAAUCAAACCCAAGCAGACUGUUUCACAUCAAACAGUUCUUCACUCAACUGUCAUAGACACUCGGAAACAACAGCAGGACAACCAGAAACGUCUCGCGGCACUGGAGCAACGUCAGAAAGAAACCGAACAGCAGAGGAAACUCAUUCAAGGCGCUCUUUCUAAAGUGGACACAGUGAAAGCAAACAAAAGUAAACGCAUUGUGUUUGAUUCUGAUGAAGAAGAGGAUGAAACAACAAGCAGACCAGAAGAACAACCAACAAACUUGAAAAAAAGCCUCUUUGAGGACGAUUCAGGAUCCGAUGAAGAUCAACAAACAUCCACUUUGAAAGAAAAGAAGAACAACAAGCCAGGUGGCAGCAAGCUGUUUGACAGUGAAGAUGAGGACGAUGGUGCUGAGGACGAACGGUUCCAGAGUAAGCCCCAGUUUGAGGGCAAAGCUGGACAGAAGCUCAUGAAGCUGCAGGCUAGUUUCGGAACCGAUUCAAGAUUCCAGGUCGAUUCUAGAUUUCUGAAAAGUGACGAUGAGUCUGAAGAUCAAGCAGCUCCAGAAAAUGAUGCAGACGAACAACUUCUUGAGGAGAAAAAGAAAAGUCUAGACAUCCUCCAGAGCAUUUUAAACUCCAGCAUACAACCACAAAACACAAGAAAGGGCAAGACGUUCAAAGAUGUUUCGAGCCUGCAUUACGACCUGACACAAGAAGAACAUGCUGCUUUUGAGACCAAGACAGAGGAACCGAAGAAAGAGAGCAAAGCAGCGUAACGAAAGAAACGCAAAGAGGCUGAAAAACUCCCUGAAGUUUCUAAGGACAUUUAAUUUGACAUCUCGGUGGAUUUGAAGGAGGUCUUCGGGACAUCUGAAGAAAACCAGUAAGAGAAGGAAAUGGUUUCAUGGGAUAAAGAGGCAGAAGAGACUGAAGACAUGGAGGUUUCCUUCACGUCUAAUGUAGAAGCAAAAUAAGACACUUCAGGUGGAUUCAAGUUCUCCUUCUUUGGUGAGGACACAGCUGUAGAGACGACCACCAAGACAGACGAGUACAAAAUAGAGACGUUAAAAGGAGCCAAGUUCUCUUGGCAAGUGGACCCUCGUUUCCAGGACAGCAGUUCAGACGAGGAAGGCAGGGACGAGAUUGAGGAGGACCAAUCCGCUUCCAGCAAAAUCACAGAGGAACCGACAACAUCAAAAAAGACGUUUUUCUUUUUCUAUCAAGAUGACGAACGGUUAAAAGAGGGGCCGGGAAUGUUUUGUAGAAGUGUAAAACUACAAGACCAGAGGGAAGCCUGGGAAGAGAAGAGGACGUCGCUCAGAGAGGAGUGUCGCAAGAAACACAGAGAUGCCAAAAGACGCCAGAGGCCUUCGCUGAAGACCUGAACAAUUUAAAGUAUUCAAAGACAUUUUUUACAGAGAAGAUGACAGGUUUUCAGAGACAUCUUUGCAUAUUCUAUUUAAUAGCUAUAAUUUAUUGUAAAAAACUGACCAAAGUGCUUUACAGAAGAAAAAUUUAUAAAAACACACACCGAAAACAAGCCAAAUAAAAAUAUGAAAACCCAUUAAAAAAUUACCAAAUAACAGUAAUCAAUACACUAAGGAAAACAGAUAGGUUUUU